AUGGGAUUGACAGCGGAACAACGCCAGAAAUUGGCCGAAUACGUGUUCCGCGACAUUGACGAAAAUGGAGAUGGAAAAAUUUCCGUGGAAGAGGUGUUGAAAGCGGCUCCCAUAGUCACACCGGAAUACAAACAUUUUGUGGAAGAGAUAUUUAAAAAAUACGACACAGACGGAGAUGGCUUGCUCGACCAUGAUGAAUUUGUGAACUAUUUAGAGAAAGAGAACGUUCAAUGA